AUGGAGUAUGAAUUGGCUAUUGUGCAUGAGGGACAUACUGUCAAGAAGUACUUUGACUAUCCGUGGGUUGGGAAAGAGGAGAUCCUUAAUGUUGUAGCGGGGAAUUUCGAUAUCGGCAACCCAGAUGACUUGUUCAGGUGCUUCCAAUUGGACUCCGCAGUGAUCUGUACGAGAGGGAUUCGAAAGAGCAAGAUCUUCCAGUACUUUCCCAUGGGACAAUACUAUCCAGGUGUUGAACAGAGGCAUUUGGACCGUCUCAGCCGGAACAGGGAGGGCUACCGUAUUGUCAUAAAACUGACCCGCGUCAAGGCUCCCACAAAGGCUCCCACAAAGGCUCCCACACAGCCUGAACCAAGCGUAGAUGACACAAUGGUGAUGAUACCCCAUGAGGUGUUGAAUAAACUAGUGGAACAAGUUGGAAGGCUCGAAAUAGCGAUUAAAAAUUCAGAGAAUAGAGAGGAGAAAGCUGAGAGCGCUACUAAGGAGCCAUUAGACAAGAUUCUCGAAGAGUCCAGUGAUGUGGUAAUCGAAGUAUCAAAGAAAAAUAACGAUCUUUUUGAGUUCUUUAAUAACAUUCUUACGGAAGACCAAUUGAAGGACUUGAAACACGGGUUUGAAAAGUAUACGCAGUGGAUAUCGCUGUACAACAACGACGAGGGUAAACUAGAGGAACACUUGAAGACCUUACAAGAUUUUUCGACGUUUUUCUCCACGAAGGACAACUCUGAUUUUGUGAAGUAUCCGAUCUCUCUACGGAUUUUCCCCAAGGAGUUGAAUAUAUGUUUCGAACUGCAGAACAGCUUCGGAGUAGCGGUACCGAAGGGACUAGCACUGAUGAUAUAUUACCGAGAUGGUACACUGGACAAGACAAGUACGUAUAAAGUGGACAUCUCUCAUGGAGUUGGUCCACAUUUAACUAAGACGUUCAGGAGAUUCAAGCGUGAAUUUGGGCCAGAGUUCUCAGUGGGCAAUGUUACACGAGUACAAAUAAUCAGCGACCGAAGCCAAAUACUGUAUACAGGCCAUCAAGACGCGUUUGCAGAGGAAAGCGAUCCUCAGUCGAGGGUUUUCAACUUCACAGUCGUGGAUGAUAUCGCAUUCGCAGAGAACAACAACGACAACGACACGGCAAGCUACAAAGACAACGACAAUGACAUAAUAUCCACAAGCAUUAGCAACACUGCGAACGACGACGACAACCAUACGGUGACCGAAGAUGCCGACUUCAACGACUACGAUUGUCUAACCGAAAGCGAUUUCUAA